AUGUACAAUAACGACGAUGAUAGCGAGGAUGAGGACAAUGGAAUCAGCUACCUCGCCCACCUUCAACAACGCGCUCCUCCUACUAGUGCUAGCAAUGGCGUUAGGGGAGUGCAGAAGGGAAACGGAGUUGCUGAUACGCGUUCGGCGAAUGAUAGGACUCCCUCUCGGUUGAAGGAGUACGAGCAAAUGAUUGAUGAGAUUGAGAACUCUAGGAGACAGCAUUAG